AUGUACGGCCGCAUUAGCCUUCCCCGAGAACAGUUGCUGGGACCAAGAUGUUCGAAGUGGAUCGAGGGACAACCCCCCUGGAGUUUGACCAACGAAUGGGUCUUGCCGAAGCUAGGGAUGCCGAAGGAUAACCAUAGCCGACCGCGUUCUGCGAAGUGCCUGGGAACGACACGCUCGGAAUCCAACAUGGGGGCAUCUGUAGUCGGGAAUGUAGAAGGAGCCGAUAAAUUCAAACCCAAACGAGACAGAAACGGCGAAGUUGACGGUAAACUAACGUCCCACGACGACAUAGUAUUUGGCAAUGAUCUUGUAGACGAAACUGCUGCGCCAUAUGAUGGAUAA